GAGACACAUAGCAUGAUACAUACUGGAGAGAAACCCUUUAAAUGUACUUCUUGUGAUUAUGCAUGCUGUGACAGAAGUUGUCUGGAGACACAUAGCAUGAUACAUACUGGAGAGAAACCUUUUACAUGUAAAGUUUGUGAAUAUACAUGUAUUAGAAUUGAUACUAUGAAAACACAUAUGAUGAAACAUACUGGAGAGAAACCUAUGAGGAUACGUACUAGAGAAAAAUCCUUUAAAUGUACUACUUGUGAUUAUGCAUGCUGUGACAGAAGUUGUCUCAAGACACAUAGCAUGAUACAUACUGGAGAGAAACCUUUUACAUGUAAAGUUUGUGAAUAUACAUGUAUUAGAAUUGAUACUAUGAAAACACAUAUGAUGAAACAUACUGGAGAGAAACCUUUUAAAUGCAAUGUUUGUGAUUUUUCAUGUAUUGAAAGGAGUAUUCUAAAGAGACAUAUGAGGAUACAUAGUGGAGAGAACCCCUUUAAAUGUAAUGUUUGUGAUUUUGCUUGUAAUCGAAGUCACAAUCUUAGGAGACAUCUGACGAUACAUACUGGAGAAAAACCUUCUACUAUAUAUAAGUGUAAUUCUUGUGAUUAUGCAUGCAAUGAGAGCAGUCGUCUGAAGAAACAUAUGAGGAUACAUACGGGAGAGAAACCCUUUAAAUGUAAUACAUGUGAUUAUGUAUGUAAUGAAAGCAGUCGUUUGAAAACACAUAUGAGGGUACAUACUGGAGAGAAACCGUUUAAAUGUAAUACAUGUGAUUAUGCAUGCAAUGAAAGCAGUCGUCUGAAGAAACAUUUGGGGAAACAUACUGGAGAGAAACCCUUUAAAUGUAAUACAUGUGAUUAUGCAUGCAAUGAAAGCGGUCAUAUGAAGACACAUAUGAGAAUACAUACUGGAGAGAAACCUUUUAAGUGUAAUACUUGCAGUUACGCAUGCUGUGUAAGCAGUGAUUUGAAGAUACAUAUGAGGAUACAUACUGGAGAGAAACCCUUUAAAUGUGAUACUUGUUAUUAUGCAUGCUAUGCAAGCAGUCGUCUGAAGAAACAUAUGAUGAUACACACUGGAGAGAAACCCUUUAAAUGUAAUACUUGUAAUUUUUCAUGUAAUACAAGCAGUAGUCUGAAGAAACAUAUGAUGAUACACACUGGAGAGAAACCCUUUAAAUGUAAUACUUGUAAUUUUUCAUGUAAUACAAGCAGUAGUCUGAAGAAACAUAUGAUGAUACAUACUGGAGAGAAACCCUUUAAAUGUAAUACUUGUAAUUUUUCAUGUGAUACAAGCAGUAGUCUGAAGAAACAUAUGAGGAUACACAGUGAAUAGAACUUCAAAUGUAAUAAUUGUGAUUUUACCUGAAAUUCCAGUUAUAAUCUUAGGAGACAUAAUAUGAGAAUACAUACUGGAGAGAAACCCUUAAAGCAGCAUGCCUCCAGAUCAUUCUACAACAACAACAAAAAAAUUUUCUUAGAGAUCUUCAAAUAAAAGCUGUAUUUCUUAAGAAGGCUUUAAAACUUAAUUACUGACAAACGUUAUGUUACAGAAACUCAUGAGAAUUUGCUGUUUUGAGCUCACCUGUCACAUAGUGACAAGUUUAGCUUUCAUGAUCAACCUUUGUCUGUCGUCAGUCCGUGCGUGCGUCCACCUGUCCAUCAAUAAUUUCUUGUCUGCACGA